CAAAGUACCAAGGUUUCCCGAAAGCCUCGUAUUGACAGCGAAUGGCCAUGAUAGUUAUAAACAAUUUGACAAUGCAGUUAAUAUCGAAUGUGCAAAAUAUGUUAUCAAAGAAUCAUUAAACAAAUAUGACCCAAAAGAAACUCCAACAAACAGAAAGACCAAUUGA